AUGAAUAAUUAAUCAUUGAUAUAUAAUUCAGUUGAUGAGAGAGCCUCUUCUUAAUUCAAUAGAACCAAAAUUACACCUAAACUAGAGCAUAUCUAUGUCCCUAGAGAAAGAACAGCAAUGAAUACAACUAAAGCUUCAAGUAGACUUGGCGAAUAAAGUAAAAUGCUCUCUGAUAACUUAACUUAAAUGCCUUCUUUUAUGAAAUAUGAAGAAAGAAAUGGAAUAAUUACAGGAAGAGCAUCAUUAAUGAGUUAUGAUAUUAAUAAUUCUUCAAUUAUGGGAUCCAAUCACAAUCCUAUGCUUCAAAAAUACAUGGAGGUCUAUUCAAAUGAAGGACAUAGACAAUCUAUAAGAGACAGGCAAAUAUAGUUGGCAGCAGGUGUAAAAAAGAAUAGGAAGUUUCACUCAUAAUCCAUUGAUUUCCCUUAAAUUAAACAAGGUUAAGGAUCUACAUACUAUAGUCAUAAUAGAAGUGUUGAGGAAACAGAUCCACAGUCACUUUAUUUUCAAAAUGAAUGUGAAAAAAUUCAAAAGUAAAAAUUGGAAUUCGAUAAGUGGGUAAAGCCGGUUCACAAGUAAAGCAUUAAGUAGGCUGAGUUUAAGUAUAAACUCCAGAAAAUGUCUAAAUUUCUUUUUGAAAACUUCAAAUAAUAAGAAGAUGAAUAAGUAAAAGUGGAAACUCACACAAAGAGAAAGUCUAUAAGGUUGCCUCAUAGUAAAAGAAAAUAGUCGAUGAUAGUAAAGGAUCCAAAUUUUAUAGUUGAAAAUGUUGAUGAAGAGAAUAUUAAUAGAGAUAUACAAAGCUAGCUUAAUUUUCAUUAAGAAAAUUCAAAGGCAAGCCUAUAAUUAGUUCCAAUGCAAAAUUCAUUUUACAGCAAUAAAAUUUGA